UCGCAUCCGUUCAUCUGAACCCCGACCGCAGGUACCCUCCCUCAUCCGACCAAACGUAAGGUAGUGACCCCUGGGUGUAUCGUACAAAUAUCGCACUGGAAGAUCCGACCCCAUGGCAUGAACUCGCUUCUCUUUGAGCGGUCCACGGGCAACGUGGGCCCGGAAGUGUUUGCCCGGAUCCAGACAAGCUCACUUCUGAGGUCGUUCGCCGCCGCCCCGCGCUUCCGUUUCGAUGGCGGAGAACGCUCUCUGGUGGGUGGCAGUGGCCAGAGACAUGCAGUCAGCGCUGCGACAUCAUUAGUCCGGAACUCUGCUGCCCAUAGCAAUGACAACGACAACCACCGGCUCCAGCCGUCGUCGUCGUCGUCGUCUAUCUGGGCUCACCAGGCUGGCGUGAGUGCGCUGGCUUUGGAGCGCUUCGAUGGCCGAACGCCUUUGCGUCCCGCGCUGCCCGCCUUACCUUAGACUCAUCUCCGGCGGCUCAGACGGGACCAUCAAGCUGUGGGAUCUCGAGCAAUGCUCCAACCCAUCCUCACCACCACAAGCACAUACCUACCGCCCGCUGGCCACCAUACCACGCGCCAACAACACCAGCACCAGCACCAUCACCAGCAACUCCCCCACCGCCGCGGCAGCCCACCGCUUCGGAAUAACCCACCUCUCCUUCUACCCCCUCGACCCAGGCGCCUUCCUCUCCACCUCCUACGACCAAACCCUCAAACUCUGGUCCACCUCACAGGCACAGGUAUCAGGCAGCUUUGACCUCGGCGCCAAGGUGCAUACGCACGCCAUGUCUCCCGUCGCAUCCUCCAACCUGCUGGUUGCGUGUGGCACGCAGCACCCGGCCGUGAAGCUUGUCGACCUGCGCUCGGCGGCCGCUGUCCAGUCGCUGGUCGUCCCCGGACCGAUGGGCGGUGCUGCGGGGCCGACGCUGGCGCUUGCCUGGUCGCCUGCGCAUGAGCAUGUGCUUGCUGCGGGGUCGGUGGAUGGGGGGGUGAGGAUUUGGGAUGUCAGGAGGGGCGCGGGGGGGUUGGUGGGGAUGUUGGAUUGUGAGGAUGCUGUUGGGAUUGGUACCGGUAGUAAUGGGGGUGGUGGUGGUAGGGGGGAUGGGCCAAGGUUGUCGGUUAAGGCACAUUCCGGCCCGGUCAACGGACUUGCUUGGACCGAUGAUGGGGAUUAUAUCAUCUCGGCGGGCCACGACCGGCGGAUUCGCGUCUGGGACGCCGCGACGGGCGCGAAUACCCUGGCCAACUUUGGGCCGAGCAUCCGGAACAGCCAGCUGGGCAGGGUGACUAUGUUUGUUUCUCCCACUGGGCUGACGCCGCCUGGCAGGGAACUGCUGUUCUUCCCGAAUGAGACGGAGAUUUUGGUUAUGGAGCUGCAUGAGGGGACUAUUGUCACGAGGUUGCGUGGUACGGGGCCGGCGGUGGCUUCUGUCAGGGCUGAGCGUGGGGGAGAGAGGACUGUUAAAAACAGGUUGACGAGCAUCGUGUGGAGAGGAGCCGGCGGCGGCGGCAGUUCCAGCGGGGUAGUCAUGGGAGGGACCAACGCUGCUGGCGGUAUCUACAGUGCACAUUUGGAUGGGCAGAUACGAGCUUGGCUGCCGCAGCUUGAAGGCUCGGACGGUGAAGAUGAAGAGGAGAGCCAGCGGAAUGAGGAUGAUGUUGGAGCUAGGAAAAGGAAGGCUCUCGACGAUGCUUUCCAGAGUUUGAUGGGGAGGAAGAUAACUUUCUCCUAAGUCGUGUCAUGUCGAAUGCAGCCGGGGUUCCAAGACACAGUAUCUCACGAAAAUAAUGAGCGUUACGAGCAACUCAUAAAGCGGUCAUUGGGUGAGUGGGAAUAUUAAUCUACAUUCCUCUCAAUCUUUGCCCUGAUUACCCAGUGCAA